AUGCCUCCCUUCAUCAAACAAGAAGCAACAGUCAAGUCCGAGAAGUUGAUUUUAAAUUCAUCAUCAUCGGGCUCAGUGGUAGCAAAACGAAAUUUUGUUGGAGUUCGGGAUUUACAAAAAAGUGGAGCCUCUUCCAUUGAUUAUGCCAACAUGUUCAAGAGAAAGAGCACGAACCACACGACAACUUCUUCAAAAUCAUCAUCGAGUUCUGCAUCUAGUAGUAGUAGUGGUAGCAGCUCUUCAAAAUCAAGCGAUAUAAAAUCAACUCGUAAAUCCUAUGAAAGAAAAUCCUCAUCGGAAGUUAAGAAAUCCAAUAACGUGAAACGAUUCAGAAAAUCAUCCUCCUCAAGCACGCCCAAAAAAAUUGAAAAAUCAGACAAAGUGCGAUGGACUACCUACAAAGGGAAGAAAUGUGUGAUUUAUAAUGGAAAGAAAAUAACUGGCCCAAAAGCAAUGGCCAUUUACAACAAAUGGAAAGAAUUAAACAAAGAAGAAGCUGACAUUGAAGAAGACAGUUCUCUCGAGAAAAGCAAAUCCAAAAAGAAAUCUUCCAAAACAAAGAAAGAACCAAAGGAUGAAGCGCCAGAACAGAAGAAGCCCUUGAUAUUAAAGAAAAAAGGAAGCACCACAACUAACAAUUCUAUCACAAAUUAUUUAAAAAAAGAGCCAGAAACUGUUGUGGUUGACUCUAGUGAUGAGGAAAUUGAGGAUGUUGAGUCUUUUGCAUCAGACGACGAAUCAGAUCAAAUUGAAGAAAUUAACUCUGAUGAGGAAUAA